AGUUUUAUUAAUUGUAGGUUAUGUUAUUGUUUGAUGUGACUUAACUUACGCCUAUCUGCAUUUUAAUUCAUUUAUGUUUAUUUAAAUGCAAGCAUAGUUAAAGUGGGGUUUUAAAAGUAUUAGGCUUUAAUAUGGGUUAUAUAAUUUUAAAUAAUCUUUCCCUUUCACAAUAGGUAUUUAGGUUAGGCCUAGGCCUACCUUAGAUUUUAUGUUAUAAUUAGGAUUUUUAACCCUCAUAGGUUUUAACGAACUACAAUUGUAAUUAGGGCUAUAAUUGUAAGAUUUAUUUAUUAAGAUGUAUACAACGGGUUGUAAAUUGUUUUUUUGUCAACACAUUUUAUCGAAAUAUAAAGCCAUUUCCAAAAAUCGAUUUAUGUCAACAAAUCUUCACUCUUCCAUGAACAUUUUUGAUAGAAAUGCAAAGUUAAAACAGAAGGAAAGAGCCGGACGAAUGGAAAAUGUAGAUACGUACGACUAUUUAAAAGAUGAAAUUGGUUAUAGGUUAGCGGAUAGAGUUUUUGAUGUUAAACGGACUUUCAAGUGUGCUCUUGAUCUUGGAUGCAGUCGGGGGUAUGUUUCCAAAAAUAUCAUCCGAGAUUCUGUAGAAAAACUUAUUAUGUGUGACACUAGUGAAACAUACUUAUAUCAAGCGAGUCCUCCUGAAGAUGGUGUUGAGGUGGAACGGUUGGUUGUUGAUGAAGAAAAGUUACCCUUUGAAAGUGACUAUUUUGAUCUUGUCAUUAGCAAUUUAUCUUUACAUUGGGUAAAUGAUUUGCCUGGAGCAUUUUCCCAAAUAAUGAGGGUCUUAAAAAAUGACGGAGUGUUUUUGGCCUCAGUGUUUGGUGGAGAUUCAUUAUAUGAAUUAAGAUGUUCCCUACAACUGGCAGAGUUAGAGAGGGUGGGAGGAAUUUCCCCUCACAUUUCUCCGUUCACAGCUGUUCAAGAUAUUGGCAGCCUCCUGAACAGGGCUGGAUUCACAAUGUUGACGAUUGAUACAGAUGAAAUAGUUGUAGGAUAUCCUUCAAUGUUUGAGCUCAUGUGGGAUUUAAAAGGUAUGGGUGAAAGUAAUGCAGCAAGAAACCGAAGUCUACAUCUAAGUAGAGAGAAGAUGCUAGCUGCUGCGGCCAUCUACCAGGAGCUUUACGGAGAGAAGGACAAAGUUCCAGCUACGUUCCAAGUCCUCUACAUGGUUGGAUGGAAACCUGAUCCAACGCAGCCGAAACCAGCAGCUAGAGGUUCUGGUGAAGUGUCUCUUAAAGACCUCUACAGACUCGACGAAGUUGUUAAAGACAUUAAGAAAAUGCCUUUGGAUGAUGGUGAUAAGAAAAAAUAGUUUUUUGUUUGGACAAGUUAUGUAGACAAGAAUAUAUUUCCGUGUUAAGAAUCUAAUCAAAUGUAUUGUUUUUCUGUUUUACAUUAUUAGAACAACCCUUAUCGUCUGUGAAACCUGUAGCUACUUAUAAAAAUAAACACCCGACACCCAUUUAAAAAUAUUAUCAGAACACUACUCAUGGCUUGCUCCUCAGUUGUUUAAAAGUCAAUUAAGAUCCAGUUUUUGUCACAAAUGAUGGAACGCCUCUAGAUAGAGUUAAUUUUGUCAUGCCCAUAAAACAAUUUUUUAUCUAUGCUAUAAUAUGAGCAAAGUUUGCGCACAAUGAUUUCAAAAACCGCUUCUAUGAUUUCCUCCAAAUUGUUAUAAAUAUCUUAGUUUUGGGUUAAAAACAAUAUCCAUGCUAGCCACUGUUCUGGGAAAGUUUGUUUUUCGUAAUAAAAUAUAAAUUAAAUUUUAAUAUAGUCCUAUGGAAAGCUAGGUAGCCAAGACAGCUUUAAGAAAAUGUA